AUGCCGGGUUUUGUGAACAAUUUGAAGGUGCAACACUGCCUCACCUUUGCUACCGGUCUGGUGGAGUGUCUGGUUUUCGCCGGGGCUGUGUUUGGAUGGGCUUCACUGGUUUUUGUCCUGAAGACGGAGGGCUACUUCAGCUCUCUGUGCGUCAACACCACAGGAGUCAAUGCAACAAAUGUCUUAGAUUGCAGUGGACAAGAUGAGCAGUUCUCUCUUGUUUUCACCAUCGCCUCUUUUAUGUUCAAUUUCCUGACUCUACCCAAUGGUUUCCUCUUUGACCAGUUUGGUACCACAGUGGCUCGGCUCUUUGGGAUAUCUCUUUACACCACAGGGACCUUGAUGGUGGCCUUCUCGACUCCAGCUUUGUCCAAUCUGAUGUUCCCAGCUCUGUCCCUCCUGGCAGUGGGCGACAUCUUGUUUAUAAUGACAAACGUGCAGGUAGGAAACCUUUUCGGCUCACAUCGCUCCACCAUCAUCACUCUCUACAACGGGGCUGUGGACUCUUCCUCAGCACUCUUUUUUGUCAUCAAGCUGUUACAUGAGUCUGGCAUCUCUUUCCGCUCUUCCUUCCUCUUCCUGUCUGCCUGCAGCGUCAUUCACCUGCUCAGGACUUUCUUCCUGCUGCCCAGAGACCACAUUCCCUAUCCGCUGCCUGAUGACUACACAUACGGGAUUACCUGUGGUAAAUCAAAGACUCUGAGCUUAGAGCAGACAGCAGCCAAUGGUAACAUACUGAAGAUGACAGAGGAAACGCCCCGCAACAAUGACGUCCCUGUGACACAAGAGAAGAGUUUCCGUGAGUGUGUCAUGUCCAGGUUCUUUGCGUGGCAUCUGCUCUGGGUGUCGGUGAUGCAGCUCAGACAUUACCUCUUCAUUGGCACAUUCAACCCAAUGCUGCAGAGGCUGACGGAGGGAGAGCCUUCACUGGGUAAACACACACAAACACACCUUUUCCCGUUGUGCCACUUUGGAAAGGUGUAUGGUCUGAUCAUGGCUCUGUCUGCAGUGUUUACUCUGCUGCAGUACGGCUGCUUUGCCCUGGUGAAUGGACCUCUGGAUGGAGACCCUCUAUAUGUGAACAUCAGUCUGACGCUGCUCUGCCUCCUGGGCUUCAUCCAUCCCCUCUCUGUCUACCUGCACUGUCGAAGUCUCGCCUCCCAACAAGCCAUCAACGCCUCCUCCGUCUGUCAAAUGAGACUCACACUUAAAAUGUCCAUAUUAUCACCAGUGACACUUUUACCUCUUCAGCUUGUUUGUUUGAUUAAUGGUGUUUUUGUGGCUGUAUUAGUUGCCAUAUGCAUCAUCGAGUGCUUUUCAGAUUGCAGUGAAGUGUGGUUACGGGUAUAGACAUAGUGCAUUCA